GUGUUUUUCUUUCUACCAAAUCUGACAGCGCCGCGGAACGAAAAGGUUCGUGCGGAGAAAAUCCUCACGACGAUUACGGUUUAUUUUGAUUCGCAUCUCGCCAUCCGUUCGUUUCGCGUAAUCCCGCGGAAAUCCACACCGGAAAGACAAUGGCCUCCUCCGACACCGGUGGCGUCAAGCCGAUGUCCAUCACGGGCCGGAUGGUCCGUGAGCGGGAGCGGCUGCUGGGCAUGAGCCCCGAGGAGCGAGCCUGGCGGGCCCAGUGGCUGAAGGAUCAGCACCUUUCGCCGAACGAACCGAAGUACGUGCCGGAAUACUGGAAGGAGCGGUACAACCCGAUCCGCCGGGCAUACCGCGCCCCGCUCAACAUGGUCCAGAACGUACUGACGCCCGUUAUUGGUCUCGAGUGGGCACACGCGGUCCGUUUCUGGACGGGCAAGGUGGCGAUCACUGCGUUUGCCAUUCUGUCCACUGCCUACUACUUUAAGUACAACCAGAAUGAUUGGACUCGUAAGGGAGGCUGGCGUGUGAUUCACUCGCGUGAAGCGGUGGUGCCCGGAGAUGCUGGCUAUCCUAACUUCCCGAAGCGCGACACUCCGGCCGACUACGCGGCCAGAGGCUUCAAGCAGUCGCCCAUCUAAAUGUUGCCGGACGGAUUGCACCGAAUGCAGCGGGUUGGAUUUGUAUGUAGAUAAUAAAUAACGAAACGGCACGAA